AGUUCGAGGCUCAUAAACUGUCAGCUGCCAACGACAUUCCCGCUUUACGCACGACACAGUGGGUGAUAGUGUCCGGACAUAAUGGCAGAGUAAUAAGCGUUAUUUAAGGCACUGGAGAGAUGACAAUGAUUAUUCAUCUUUAGUCGUGACGAACACUUACACUUUCUUGUGCGAAAUUACGAACAUCACGUGUAAGAAACUUGACAGAGUGAUGAUACAUAGAAAAGAUAUUCUUUUACGUUGCGCGAGGAGAAGACUCACGUGCGUUAUUUCUGACGAGAGAGUACCGGGAGCCUAAUUCAUCUCAACAUGUUCUCAGUUGUAGCGGAAGCGAAUUACUGAGUUCAGCAUCUGAAACUCUCUCUCUCCAGAGUUCACAAACAGGACGCUGCUUCCAAAGCUACAGGUCACAGAUGUGUCGUCCCGAUUUCUUCUGAUAUUUCUGUGUGUGGAGGCUGUUGAAUCUCGUCUUUCUGCUGCUGAAAAAAACAUUCUCAAACACGGCAGAAGUGAACUCUCUCCUCUGAAUUUAUGAAGAAGACGGAAAAAUAUUUUCUUUCUGGACACUGUUUGCUCCAUCUCCCUUUCCACGACCCACAAUGGAGCCCUUAGACCAAAGCCACUGGGUCCCCUUUCCCUCAGACCUCAACUCCACCUUUGCAGCUACUCCCUCAUCCUUCCUCCUCUCCUACUCUCGCCUCUUUAACAUCUCCUCCAACAUGUCCACGCAGAGUGUUCCCUUCGAGGGCAGCAGCACUCUGUUGACAGCAGUCAUCUCCUUCACAGUCUUCAUUGUGGGUCUGAUAGGCAACACUCUGGCCAUCUACGUUGUGCUGUGCUACACCAAGAUGAAGACGGUCACCAACAUCUACAUCCUGAACCUGGCUGUGGCAGAUGAGCUCUACAUCCUCGGGCUGCCCUUCCUCACCACACAGAACGUUCUCUCCUAUUGGCCGUUCGGCUCCUUCCUCUGCCGUGUGGUGAUGACGGCUGACUCCAUGAACCAGUUCACGUCUAUUUUCUGCCUGACUGUCAUGUCGAUCGACCGCUACCUGGCUGUGGUUCAUCCGAUCCGCAGCACCAAGUGGAGACACCCCCGCGUGGCCAAGGUGGUGAGCGCAGCAGUGUGGGCCGUGUCCUUUGUUGUGGUCCUGCCUGUGGUCAUCUUCUCUGAUGUUCAGGACACAUUUAACUCCUGCAACAUGAUCUGGCCUGAGCCAAAGAACGUGUGGUCGACCGCCUUCAUCCUCUACACGGCGACAGUGGGCUUCUUUGGACCGCUGCUCAUCAUCUGCCUCUGCUACCUACUUAUCGUUGUCAAAGUGAAGUCCUCGGGGGCGCGCGCAGGCUUCACCAAACGUCGGCGUUCGGAGCGCAAGGUGACACGGAUGGUGGUGGUCAUCGUGGUGGUGUUUGUGCUCUGCUGGCUGCCGUUCUUCAUCAUCAACAUGAUCAACCUGGUGGUCAUCAUCCCGGAGUCCAGUGUCACUGCAGGCAUCUACUUCUUCGCUGUCAUCCUGUCCUACGCUAACUCCUGUGCCAACCCUGUGCUCUACGGGUUUCUGUCGGAUAACUUCAAGCAGAGCUUCAGACACGUCCUGUGUGUGAGAAGUAUGAGGUGCAAGACCAGUGGUGUAGAUGAUGGAGACCCGAGCGCUCCCCGCACUGAGAAAACCACGGCACACGACUGUGUCAUGCUCUCCACUCGUAACCAGGUCUAUCAUGACCCACAGAGCAGCCAGAUCUUCCCUCAGCCUUUUGGCUCGCCCACCUCUCACACAGCCGCAGACCUGCACCGCUCCACCGCUCCUGCAUGUCUAUCUACCUCUGCUUGCCCUGGAAUCGGACACACCACUACAACAGUCACCUCCACAGUAGCAUCCAUGGUAACCUCUGUGAUGACCUCGGCUGAAUUUCCCACCAUCAGCGCCCUGACGACUCCUUCCUCCUCUGCAUCCAUAGGUUCACAGCAAGAUUAGCAAACUGACAUCAGGUUUCUCAGUGAGAGAGAAAAAAACAACCCUGACUUACAUGAAUGUAUAAAAGCACAGAGCUUGAAUGGCGGAUGUUUUUCUGCUGUUUGAAAAUAAGAAAUCUAUUUCUAGGACUAUUCUCGGACACCCACAUGGACACUUGCAACACUCAUGUUCCAUAUCUGUAAAACACCUUCAUUGUAAACAGCUAAUGGUUAAAGAGUAGUUUAAUACUCGUUCGUUCCUGAUUUGUUCUCUACUAACUAUGCCAAUUUUUUCACCAUUAACAGUAAUUGGGAAUUGAUGUGCAAUAGUUACUAGGGAGAAUUCAGAACAAACCAGGAACUACUAACUACUAAUUAACCAGUUGAAAAUUAUUAAUUUAUGGUUAAGUAGUAGAUAGUUCUUCAUUCAUUCCUCAUUUGUUUUCCUGUAAUUGUGUGCCAUUUUUCCCCAUUAAAUAAAAUCUAUACGAUAUCCACUGAAUGAAAUGAUAAAGGUACCUUACUAUAUGAUCAGACAUUAAGGAAACAUGCUAUGUUGAAGUGCUGGCUUCUCUGACAACAAUGCAGCAGCCAGUAUGUCCUCAUUCUAACUUUAGAUUCUGGUCCUGAAUGGUCUGGAUUUGAUUGGACCAGAGAAGGUAGGCGGACUUAGGGCACCCACACACA